AUGCAGCUUUUUUUUCUUCGCCUCCACAGUUUAAACACUAUUCUGGGGUAUUUACCCAAGCAGCGGCGUACAGGGCUUUUCUCCGCCACACAGACGCAAGAGCUGGAGAAGUUGGUGAGGGCCGGUCUGCGCAACCCUGUGCGAAUCACAGUGAAGGAGAAAGGUGUGGCGGCCUCGAGCGUGCAGAAAACACCAGCCAGACUCAGCAAUUAUUACGCAAUAUGUCGGGCAGAGGAGAAGUUCAACGCUUUGGUGGCGUUUCUCAGGCAGCACAAACAUGAGAAGCAGCUUGUGUUCUUCAGCACCUGUGCCUGUGUGGAGUACUUCGGUAAAGCCCUGGAAGUCUUGAUCAAGAAUGUCAGCAUCCACUGCAUCCACGGGAAGAUGAAACAUAAACGAAACAAGAUCUUUGCAGAUUUCCGGGCGCUGAAGAGUGGGAUUCUCGUGUGCACAGACGUCAUGGCCAGAGGCAUCGACAUCCCAGAAGUGAACUGGGUGCUUCAGUACGACCCACCAAGCAGUGCAAGUUCCUUUGUGCAUCGGUGUGGAAGAACUGCACGUAUCGGAAACCAGGGCAAUGCACUCGUCUUUCUUCUGCCAAUGGAAGAGUCGUAUGUAAAUUUCUUGUCCAUUAAUCAAAAGUGUCCUCUUCAGCCAUAUCCACCAGUGAAAGAUGUGGUUGAUGUUCUGCCUAAACUGAAGGCGAUGGCUUUAGGUGACAGAGCGAUGUUUGAGAAGGGCAUGAAAGCCUUUGUGUCGUGUGUGCAGGCGUACGCCAAACACGAGUGUAGUCUGAUAUUUCGCAUUAAAGACUUGGAUUUUGCUGCUCUAGCCCGUGGCUUUGGUCUCCUCCGUUUGCCCAAAAUGCCUGAACUGAGAGGAAAGACAUUCCCGGACUUCAAACAGGAGGCCAUCGACACAGACUCCAUCCGGUUUAAAGAUAAAAACAGGGAAAAACAGAGACAAAAAUGGCUGGCGGAGCAGAAAGAAAAAGAGACGCCAUUGAAGAAGAACUUCAUUAAGAACAAAGCCUGGUCCAAGCAGAAGAUCAAGAAGGAUAAAAAGAAAAAGAAAGCUGCCAAACGAAAACUGGAUGAGGAAUCAGAUGUUGAUGAUGAAGACUUAAACGAGCUUUUAAAUGACACGCGUCUGCUGAAGAAACUCAAGAAAGGAAAGAUCAGUGAAGAAGACUUUGACAAGCAUUUGAGUUCAGCGGGCAGCUCACGUCCCAAACGAGCAGAAGUGGACAGUUCUGAAGGAGACGGAGAAUGAGCUGUCAUUUCAGAGACUGCGUGCACCUAAAUUGACUCUCAUUUCACUUAAAUAUGCAAUUAUGCUGUAUCAGCAGUGUCAUUUUCAUUCUGUUUGUCCGUGUACUGUACAAGGAGGAUGCAUUCAUCACAAAUGUGCUUUUGUAGUAACUAUCAACCAUACACAUCAGUCCAAAUAUAAUAAAAUAAAGAUUUCUAUG